UCCCUCUCUACCUCACAAGCUAACCCAGCAGGGGACGGGGACACACAGAGAGCGCGCAGCGGUCAGCAGAGCAACAUGUCUACAAUAGAGUCCAAGUCAGAGCUGUUCACAGUGGCGGACACCACGGUGGAACAAGGUUCUAGACCGGUCCACUCCAGGAAGGUUGUGGCGGCCUUUGAGAGGUAUGUCCAGCCGUGCGUGGCUGAGGUGGUGGGGUGCACUCUCUUCAUCUUCGUGGGAUGCGGGUCGGUUAUUGAAAACACUGGGGUUCCGGGAAGCAUCCAGCCGGCCCUGGCUCAUGGAUUGGCACUGGCAAUUGUUAUCGCUGUUCUGGGACAGAUCAGUGGUGGCCACUUCAACCCAGCUGUGUCUGUCGGUGUGUGUGUCAGUGGCGGACUGGAACUCAUUCUACUGGGACCUUAUAUUCUCUCCCAGAUGGUGGGGGGAAUGAUCGGUGCUGGCUUGGCAAAGGCAGUCUUCUCCAACAACAGCUAUACCAGUGCAGAAGGGGGCGCCUUCAACAUUGUUGAAACCAGUGAAGCCGUCGGCCGCGCCACCGCAGUGGAGAUGGUCAUGACCCUCUUCCUGUCUCUGGUGGUCUGUAUGGCGGCCAUCAACGCAAGGACGCGCACUCCGCUGGCCCCACUUUGCGUGGGGCUGACAGUGACUGCUAACAUACUGGCUGGAGGGUCAAUAUCAGGAGGAUGUAUGAAUCCGGCACGCGCAUUUGGUCCUGCAGUGGCAGCAAACUACUGGGAAUACCACUGGAUCUACUGGGUGGGACCAGUGGCAGGGGCCAUUAUCACUGGCAGCUUGGUCAGGUUGAUGUUGGGGGACCAGAAGACUCGUCUUGUGCUGAAGUGACAGAGUUCUCAUCGAGGCAGGGUGGAGUUUUUUGUUGUUGUUUUUUUUGUUGUUGUUGUUGUUUUUUUGUUGUUGUUUAUUUUUUGUUGUUGUUUAGAAACAAUGCAAUUAUAUUCCAAACUAUAGUUUUUCCCUCGGUAGCUGCAUACCUUUUAUAGUUCACGUUGUUGAACGGUUGUUUUGAACUGUAAUAAACUGUAAAUCUAAAUC